AAUAAAGUUUAGAGUAGAGAGAAAUAGAAUCAUUGAGAGGAAUAUAUCUGGAAGCAAAAUAUGGACGAGGGCAUGUCAGGCUUUUGCAUCAGAUCAGGAAGUGUCCGUGGCAAAAGUGGCAACACUGGCAGUGGCACUAAGUGUGGGCGUUGGAAUCCCACCACUGAACAGGUUAAACUUCUAACUGAACUAUUCAGGUCAGGGCUCCGCACCCCAAGCACUGACCAGAUUCAAAAGAUCUCCACUCAGCUAAGCUUUUAUGGUAAGAUAGAGAGCAAGAAUGUCUUCUACUGGUUUCAGAACCAUAAGGCUAGGGAAAGACAGAAGCGACGUAAGGUAUCCUUUGAUGACAAGGAUGUCAUUCGAAGAGAAAAAAACUCUAUCAUUGCUUCUGCACAAUGUCUUGAAGAUCAGAUGUAUCAAGUUUCAGAGCCAGAUAGGGUGAUUGAGACUCUUCAACUCUUCCCCUUAAACUCCUUUGGGGAAUCUGAACCAGAGAAGCUGAGGUUUCAUGCAAAUGAAUGUAGGGAUGAUAAUACAAUUUUUUCAUACACAAUGGGAGAACAAAUGGAGCACCCACCAUUAGACCUGCGCUUGAGCUUUCUGUAAACGAGGUCUCAGUCUUUUCUGUGGUGGUGGAGGGAGAAGAUUUUCUUUUAAUAAAUUCAUUGUUAUUACUUACUCGGUGAACUUAGGUUUAGCAUAAAAAGAUAACAUUAAGUGAUGUAAUGUAUCAUGGACCGUUAAAAAGAAUAUGUAGCUUCAGAUUAAUAUUUACCUAGUGAUCAGUUUUAGCUUCAUCUAAAAUAUUAUUCUAAAUGCCUUGACAUUAUCCUGCAUGUUCCUUCAUUUUGGUUUUA